AUGUCAGGUCUCCCCUACGCCAUCCCAUCAAACUACGUGAUCCGCCUCGUCGAGGAAAGCGGUGCAAAUCAACCCACAACAACCACACACCAUGAACCAGUCCAACCGCACGACCACCCAACACACUUCCAGUUCCCACGCGUCUCAUUACACGAGAUGACCUUGAAAACGCACUACCUCGGCCCCCACGCCCCAGCAAGCAUUUCCGCUCCCAAACCCGCGGGCAUCUGGUCACCACCAACCGACAUCCGCGAGACUCUCAGGUCUUACCAUAUUGAGAUCGAAACGCCCGGCGUCACGGACAAAGAAAGCAUCUUAAUCCAAUGGCUCACGCCGCACACUUUGCUCGUCCAAGGCGAAGUCAAACGGCCAGCGAACAUAGGACUGCUGGACAGCGACGAGGGCAGACGAAUCUGGGAGGGCGCAAGUGGAGAUGGAUGGAUCAUUGAGUCAGGACGCUUCAAGAAAGUCGAAGACGACGGUGGUCCACUCGAGCGCCAACCUUCCCGAGAGACCGUGGAGGCGCAAUUGAUGGCCGAUGCGCUGCCUUCGGUGCUCCUGUCUGAACGGAAAGUCGGGCCGUGGAGACGGACGUUCACUUUACCUGAAGAUGUGGAGAUGAAGGAGCUCAAGGCCAGACUUGAGGGUGGGUUGUUGAGGGUUGAUCUGCCGAAGCGGAGUAUUGAAGAUGAGGCGGAGAUGAGAGGCGGAGGGAUCAAGAUUGAGAUCGAGUAG